AUGACGCGAAAGUUAGCUAUCGUCGGGGCUAGCGGCAAGCUAGGUUUCGCGACGCUCAAUGCUCUCCUGGAUCAUAAGCUCCUUGCGCCAGAGGACAUCGUAUGUACCACAUCCUCUUCAACAGGAGCACAGAAGCUACAGCCAGCUCGUCAAAGGGGCGUCGAGGUGCGAUCUGCUGAAUGGGAUGACCGGACGUCGUGGACGUCCGCCCUGCAAGGGUGCUCGAGCAUGUUCCUCAUCUCUUCUGCUCGAGUCGAGAAAGACUUCAACGAAGCACCUCCAGGCCAGGGUCGCGAGAGGGAUCACUUCACAGCACUGGAGGCGGCCCAGCAAGUCGGAGUCCAGCACGUCUAUUACACCAGUCUGGCAUUUGCCAACCCGAGCUUGAGUCGAGUCAUGAAGGCACAUGAGCGCACGGAACAGUAUCUCAAGGAGAGCAGUUUCACCUACACAAUCAUUCGCGAGGGCCUUUACAACGAAAGCUGGCCUCUGUAUCUGGGCCACUACCACUUACCCAACGAUAACGACAGAAGCGAGAUCGUCGUCGCUGGAGACAGUAAAAUCAAUUGGACAUCAAUCGAAGAUCUGGGCCUCGCGACAGCGAUCAUCCUCACCACCUCUUCUUCUUCUGACUACCACAACAAAACGCUCUACCUAGCACAACGUCAAGCCCACACCCUCGCCGAAGUUGCCGCCAUGGUAUCCCAAGCUCGUAGCAGUGAAAUUCAACUCCGCGUAGUUUCGCGAGCGGAACACGAGAGAUACUACAUAGAAGAACGAGGCGAACCUGAACUAUACAUCAAGUGGUGGAGCAAGACAUAUGAUGCUCUCCGCGCCAACGAGUGCGAGAUGAAAGAUGACGAUGAUGAUCAUUUGGAAAAACUGCUCGGCAGUAAAGGUCGCAAACCGAAGCACAUGUCUGAGACGGAGUGGAGGGGAGGGGAUUAGGAAUUGGUGAAAAAGGCCGGGCAGGCAGGCAGUAAUGUACUUACCUCACUUACCUUAUUAAGCAUUUU